AUGAAAUCAUGUCAGGAUGGAAACCAAACUUACCCAAAAUCACAAAUGAAGAUGGAGGCUCGGUUAGCAUUAAGGGAAAGAGGUCAAGGGUGGGAUUGGAGGGUUAGGGUUUGUGGCUUGGUAAGGGAUAUUCAUGACGAUCAUCUAGGGUUUGCUAAGGAGAAUCAGGAAAGUAUUAUUGGUUUCACUCUGGAGGCUGUGUCAUCUGAUGCUGGAAGGAACCCAUUUUCUUCACUCAAAAUAUUUGAAACUUAUGACGAAGUUGAAAAUGAAUGA